AUGAACUUGAUCAAACUCGCCAUAGCUCUCAUCAUCAGUACGGCUUUCGGUCUCGUGGCAGCUAGCAACGUCAUCGAUUUCUAUACUGUCGAGUGGAGGAGUUUCGGUUGUGACCCUUCAGAGGUAGCGCUGUGCAUUGUGACCCGGUACAAGAAGCCGAAUGACCGAAGCUCUGGUCCGGAUUUUUACAUUCUGGACGAAGCUGUGAGGGUCAAACCGGGCUCCUACAACUGCGGCAUGACGACUGCCAAGUGUUGUGGCACCAACUUGGAUUAUCGGGCUAUCCAGACCAGAAACUCCCAUUUCAUGAAAGAUACUACCGAUAGGUUCUGCCCAAAUAGCCCCCAUUAUGUCGACCCCCCAAAGAAGCCAAGAACACGCCAGUGAUUCUGCUUGUCUGGCCUAUACACACACACUUCAUCUUGUAUAUUUAGUCAAGAUCCCGACCUGGAUUUCUUGUUGAAUACUUUGCAGUCUGCUUU